ACAAUUUUUCCUGCACCGAAUUUUAACCCUAUUAUGGAUGCCCAGAUGCUAGGAGGAGCCUUACAGGGAAUUAGUUGUGAAAAAGACGUGUUGAUUGAUAUCCUAACGCAGCGUUGCAACUCACAGCGGCUUAUGAUUGCCCAGGCAUACACAGACAUGUAUGGCAGGGAUCUGAUAACAGACCUAAAAGAGAAUCUCUCUCAUCACUUCAAAGAAGUUAUGGUUGGCUUGAUGUACCCACCUGCCUCCUAUGAUGCUCAUGAGCUCUGGCAUGCAUUGAAGGGAGCAGACACAGAAGAAAAAUGUCUAAUUGACAUAUUAGCCUCAAGAUCAAAUAUGGAGAUCUUCCAGAUGAAAGAAGCCUACUUAAUGCAAUACAAUAGCGAUCUUCCACAAGAUAUUGACUCCGAGACUUCAGGUCACUUCAGAGAUACGCUCCUGAACCUUGCUCAGGGAACAAGGAUGGAAGGAUAUGCAGAUCCUUCUACAGCUGCUCAGGAUGCAAUGAUUCUGUGGGAAGCAUGUCAGCAGAAAACAGGCGAACACAAAAACAUGCUGCAAAUGAUUCUCUGCAACAAGAGUUACCAGCAGUUGUGGAUGGUUUUCCAGGAGUUCCAAAAUAUCUCUGGACAAGACAUAGUAGAUGCCAUUAACGAAUGUUAUGAUGGAUACUUUCAGGAAUUACUGGUUGCAAUAGUUCUCUGUGUUCGUGACAAGCCUUCCUACUUUGCUUACAGGCUUUACAGUGCAAUUCAUGACUUUGGGUUUCACAAUAAAACAGUUAUAAGGAUUCUCAUUGCCAGGAGUGAGAUUGACUUGAUGAAUAUACGACAGCGAUACAAAGAGAGAUACGGGAAAUCACUCUUUCAUGACAUUAAACAUUUUGCUUCAGGACAUUAUGAGAGUGCUUUACUUGCUAUCUGUGCUGGUGAUGCUGAAGAUUAUUAA